AUGGCUCGUGGAGAAGGAACCACGUCAACAAAGACCGAAAAGGGGAGCAUCGCUCCGAAGGCUCAAUCCUUGGAAAAGGAGGAAGCGCCUAAGGAAUCUGUCAAAAUCAAGGUUCCAGAAGCACCCAAACGCACCAGGGUGCCAGAUGCCAUCCAGAGGAAAUUGGCGGCCGAGAAACAGAAGGGCCCCCAGCCCAGCAGAUUGGCGCAGGAAUUGCUCAGUUACCAGGCCGAAAGGAAGAGGCAUUCAAUGGACGUAUAUGUCCAGAUCACGGGUCUGGACUCAGGGAAAAUGCGCGGAGUCAAGGCGCUACUCAAUAGCGGCUGCAGUACCUGCUGUAUCGAUACUGACUACGCACGGGCAGAGAAGUUGGAUAUCCAGGAGCUCCCACAACCCAUUGUGGCUCGUAAUGCCGACAACACCGAGAACAUCAAUGGGCGGAUCACGCACUAUGUCGACCUAAGGAUGAGAAUUGGUCCUCAUGUGGAGACACGCACGUUCCUUCUGACGUGUUUGGGAAAAGCUCGGAUCUUCAUCGGCCUGGAUUGGCUGACGGAACACAACCCCGAGGUGGAUUGGCAGGAGCAGACAAUGAGAUUCAGCCGAUGCCCAGAGCAAUGUCAAAUGAGGGGUCACGAGGAGCACCAAGCAAUGAUUGACAUGGAUGCAAUCGACCUGGACAUGGACACACCAGAUCUGGAAGAGGGAGAAUCGAUCCUAAAUUUGCAGAGGAAGCAGAAAAGGAGAAAGAGAGAAUGA